AGAACAUGAAGAAUGUUUGUGUAACUGAACCGGAACGAUAGCAGAACGGUCGAACAUAAUUGUCACGACGAUGUCAAUAUUAAUGCAUUGUGGCAUUUUUUGACUAUUGCAUGACGUUGUGAACAUGUUUCCAGUGCCGCAUGAAUAUGUUGUUUUCUGGCAUAUAUUGACCAGCAGGAACAAAGAGGCGCGACGCGACGCGAUUAGUGAACGCAGCUGACCCGUCGCUCGCGCUCGUCGCGCUCUGUGCUGAUGCUCACCGUCUCUGAACGGGUUGUCACUCAUCGGGUUAAACGCUUUAGAAGGCAAUUAUUCAAAUCCUGCAGCACUUCCACCGGAUCCGGGCUGCGGUAUCAUAGCAACAACACCCGAGAAGCGGCGCAACAUCAGCCGCAGUAACGGCGGAGCCCGAACCCGGAGCGCAGAACUCCGGCGCGCGCGACACUCCCCGCAGAAGAGCGCGAGACGGGCGCGCGGUUUGCGCGGGAAGAUUCCCGACUGGAAAUACUGGGAAUAACGAACUUAACGCGCAAAAUGCGCUCUUCUGAAGAGAGAAAGUUUGCGUUUCGUUGCCCGGAUGCGAAUUUAUUAGUCGUAUUUCACGGAUGAUUAAUUGAGCGCCAUCAUGAUCGCCACAGGGGGUCUGCUGCGGAUAUCUGCCAGGAGACAGGACUCGCUCCGUGCGAAGAACCGAGCCGAAAACAAGCGCAAGAGGAAAGAGAAGAAAAAGAGGAAGAACGAAGUGGUCGUGGUGAAAGGAAAGCUGAAGCUGUGCUCUGUAUCUGGACUGGUCGCUGCCAUCGGGAUUCUGGUGCUUCUGGUUGGAGUGGCCAUGGCUGUACUGGGCUACUGGCCCAAAGAGAGUCCGCUUUAUCCAGGACUGAUGAACACACAGAGGACUCACGAGAGCCGAGAAUCAGUCAAUGUGACCAGCAGACCGCCUUGGGAUCUCUUAGAUAAAGACUUCAGGAGCUAUAAUGGCUCCAGUGGGACUGCUGAGCCUGAUCCGCCUAAACUGGGAGCAUUCUCUGCAUUUAUUAACAGAUACUUGUAUUCGGACAAGAUGAAGGUGUUCGGACCUUUAAUCAUGGGCAUCGGGAUCUUCCUGUUCAUUUGUGGCAAUGCGGUACUUCACGAAAACAGAGACAAAAAGACCAAAAUCAUUAACCUCAGAGACAUCUACUCAACGGUGAUUGACAUUCAUAGUCUGCGGAGCAAGGAGUCGGCGCCGCUCAACGGUUUCGUGAACUACUGCCAAUCCAAAGACACCAAAUCGAACGGUUCCCCUCAUAAGGGCUCCUGGCCGUCUCCAGGCUCUGAGCGACACGACGCAGGAAGCAUGAUCCCUUCACGACGUCCAUCUACCACCAUCCCACGAGUCUCGUCUUUGGAAAGACAGAGCUUUACAGACACAGUCUACAGCAUCUAUCGAGAUCAGAACCGAAUCAGCACGGCGGAGCCUGAGCUAAAGCAAUGGGAAACCAGGAGCAUCGUGUCCACUUCGGUCAACGCUUUCACCCUCCCAAUGAUGAAGCUCAACCACCGAGGAGCUUCGGAGAGAAGGGGUUCGGAUAAAACCGGAGAGGCCAAACGAGAGGUCCUGGACGCCGAGGCCAUUUGCAGGCGUUUGGAGGAUCUGGUAGCGUCCAGGACCAUCACGAGGGCCAAAGUGGAACCUGCUCAAACUCAUCCCGAGCUUCUGCAGGAUUCGGUGGAGGUUUACAGGAGCAGUGGCAGUUUGCAAGGAGCUCCUCGCGUCUCUCUGCAGGGUUCCCAGGUUCAGCUGCUGCUGUCCGGUUCUCCGAGUCGCAAGGCCACCGGAUCUCACCUGUCCUUGAGCGCUUUGUCUGACCACUCCAGGUGUGUCGAUCUAGAUAUCUGUCCAUCCACCCCUACAGUGGCGCGAUCGAGACGUCUCAGCUGUCCUCGGCUGGAAGGCCUCAGCAGCGGAGGCUACACCAAACUCGAAGGCCUUGGCGGCGAAUCCUUCGAGUCCACGUUCAGUCGAGAGAGCUCCGUUGAGGUUUUGGAAAAGGACCGGGAGCUUCAUGAUGAGACACAUCGGCAGGAGUGUCCCGCGGUCAGACAGUAUUCAAAGAAACAAAAACUCAUAAUGGUUUCCCAGUCGGACACCACUCUAGAAGAUGUGGAAAUGGACAGUGUGGAAGUUUAACUUCGGUGAUUCGCUGUUGGCUGACAUGCACUGAACGCAAUCAAGACGUGUGUGUUAGAUCCAAAGGUUCUCAGUCUUUAAUACUGCUUCCUCAAGGAAUUACGAGCUGAAACCCGACGGGAAGCAAGAGACUUUCAGCAUGAUAGCACAGCUAUGCUCCUCUAGAUUAAAAAACAACUUUAUACUUCCAGUAGUAGAUUAUUUGUGGCUGUUUUCGUUUAUCGGUGAAGUUUGGCUGUCUGAGCAGCAUGUUUUAUACUGUCAACUACUUGCACUUUUUUUAACCACUAAAUUAUCAAUUAUUUUUAGAAAUUGACUUGAUAGCAAUAUCUCAUUUGAAAUGUUCCCUGCUUGUGUGGGAAAUGUUUAUGUUUGCAUUUUGCCUCAGAGAUGUUAACCUACACUUGUACGCCGUCAGUUUUACUUUGUUUGUUUGAUUUGAGCUCGACUGAGUCGAAUCCUGACGUUAGCUAGCACAGUGGUCCAGUACUGUCUGAAAUGUAAUGUCCAUUACAGUAUAUUUAAAAUAUCAUGAGAUGUCGAAGUGUAGUUUCUCAGAAGAGUUUUGGGGUUGAUUUAUUAACAGUGUGUCUCGUUUAGCCCAAGAGAAAGACUAAUGCUGCGUUCCAUUCAUAAUCAGAUGUUCUUGCUUAAUAUCUCCAUCCAUAAAGCUGUUCCAUUUCCUGAGAGAACAAAGAUCAUGUUUAAAGUGCAAUGAAGGGUUUCCCUCACAAUUCUGACUUUUAUUCUCACAGGGUUAGGGUUAGUUUUAUCUGCCACAAUUAUGACUUCUGAGUUUAUGUCUCGCAAUACUGACUUUUAUCUCUGAAUUGUGGGAAAUUAAGUUAAGAAUCGCAAGAUAUUAACUCUAAAAGUCUUAAUUGUGAGAUUAAAAGUUGUUAUUUACUGCUUCUAUACAAACUAGUGAAUUUUGGCAUCACAACAUUUGCAACAGUUUGAAAGAUUUACCUGCUAUAGGUAAAAAUAUAGAGUUUGGAUGAGAAUAAACGUCAUGAGGGAGCUCUGGGACUCUGGUUAAAGUUUGGAGAGUUGCAAUGGAUGGCUUUUAAUGACUUAUUUGGUAGCAGAGAGUGUGUAUGUUCUCAAUCAGGUCAGGUGAACAUGCACUAGCUAGCAGGUAAAACUAACCAUCACUAUUACUGUUCAUAGUUAUGAGAUAUGCUCGCAUGAUGUCAUAAACCCAGAGUUUGCGCAGGCGUGAAUGGAGCGCAGUGUGUUCUGUGGAGUUUAAUGAUGGAGUGUGUCUUUGUCACAGUGUUGAAAUAUAACGGUAAACUCUUCUGACGCGUCCCUCGUCAGUUCAGUCAUUUCAUCUCCAUUUGCCUUUAACAGAACCAUCAGAUUCUGCUAAUGAAUUAAUAAACCUGAUGAAUGCA